AUGGGCCUCGAAAUCCUUGAAGAGUUUCGACCAAUCAUGCCCAUACGAACCGUUCCUAAUGUUAGAACCUUCAGCCAGCACACAGAGGUAGUUGAGACACGGUCGAAGGAGGAGCAAGAGUGCCACACACCCACUUCACAACCUCCAACGUUGGUUUGUCCACCACCUCCCAAGAAACCACGAGUGUCUGUGUCUGUGUCCAGAAGAACAACCAGUUUUCCUUCUCAAGGCUUCUUUCAAGUGCCUCACGAUCUGGCUUCUGUCUUUCUGCUUCGCGCUAAACCUUCCCCUCUAACAACACCAUCAUCUGAGGAACCCCUUUGCUAG